AUGAUCUUGGAAGGAGACGAAGAGAUCCUGUCCUACCUCUACGACAUUCGUGCUACCGUCUGCGAGAACAAGGAGGGCUACAAGCUUGUGUUCAAGUUCUGGCCCAACCCGUACUUCAAGAACAAGGCGAGAGGACGCGCGCAUACGCUGGAACGAGAAGACACGACGGAGACAGUCAAGAUCGGAGAAAAGCCCGUCCGCCUGAGCGUGUCCAAGGCCUCGGCGAUUGAGUGGACGCAGAGGCCCGAGUUCGGUUCCAAGGGGAGGAAGAACAAAAAAGGAAAGGGAGGAAAGGGCAAAUCAAAAGUGCAUGAGGAGCAGGAGGACGUGCAAGAGGGAGAGGAGGAGGCGGCGGGAGAGCAUGUCAAGCUCGACUACAAGAACUCCUUCUUCGCUCUGUUCAACCCACCAAACCUUUCGGAACUCACACCGAUCAAGACGAUGGUCUCUGUCGAAAUCGGUUCUGACGAGGAAGCUGGCCUUCACUUCAUCGCUUGUGUCGAUCCUCCCACCUACACUUGUCCUCUCGGUCUCGGUCUCAGACAGGAGGUAGAAGAUCGGGUGCAGAAGGUGCUGGCGGUGCAGCAGCAACUGGACGAGAGGAGGGGAGAGUUUGCGGAGCAUCUGCGAAAGAUCCGAACUGAGUGCUUCACUCAAUUCCAAGACGCCUGCGCGAAGAGAAGAGGCGUUAUCCAGCCUAUGGCUGGAGAAGGGCUUCCGCGCUUCUGGCUGACUGUCCUACGAAACUCACCGGCGCUGUGGGAGGUUGUGACGGACAGGGACGAGCGAGCGCUGGAGCACUUGAGGGACGUGAGCUACAGCUACAACGACAAGCGGCAGGGCAUGUGCGAGCCCCGCGACACUGACUUUCUCAUUUCGCCGGACAAGCGAGGCUUCAGGGUUGAGUUUCUGUUCGACAAGAAUCAUUACUUCAGCGACGAAAAGCUCUGGGUCGAGCUCUCUUGGAGGAAUGACCGUCUGCAGGCCAAGUCAAGUGGAAUCUCAUGGUUGCCAGAAAAAUGUCUCACAGCCAGGAAGAAAGACAUCGCUUCCCCCGGCACCCCUCCCACCAGAUACAGAUCGAGUUUCUUCCUCCUUUUCGAGCCGACCAAAUCCAGCGGAACUCGCAACGGACUCUUCGACGAGCAGGAGAAGUUGGCAGUCGCUAUGAUCUUUAAGAGCGAGAUUGUCCCCAAGGCUGUCGAGAUCUUCAUCAAGGACCCGGAGAACGACGGCAAAGUGGAGGGAGAGGAGGAGGAGAGCUUGGACUCCGACGGUGAAGAGUCUGGCGAAGAGGAGGAAGAGGAAGAGGAGGAAGAGGAGGACGACGAGGACGAAGACGUUCAGACCAAGAUCGAGAGGGUUCAAGCCAAGAGAAAGAAGAAAGCAGGAGCUGAAGGGAUGUUGGCUCGCAUGUUUGGCAAUAGGGACCCGUGCGUCAUGUUCGUUUUCUUCAUCAUGGGGCUCAAUUUGCUCAUCGUGCCGCUGUCCAUGUUCAUGGAGCAUUGAGCUUAAAAGAACAGCUCGAACUGAUCCUCGUCCCAUCGCAUUCUGGUCAUGAGUGAGGAGACAGAGGAGGGGGAAAGAGCGAAGAAAAGGAGGGUCGGAAUCGAAUCACCUGUUGCUUGAGCCUUUUCUCGUUGCGUUGGUAGUUUUCGCAAUGGUCUAGAUCACAGGAG